AUGGGAGACAGCCCCGAGCUGGUUCCCACCGAAGUGGCAACCGAUCUGGAAUCUGACGACAUGCUUCUACCUCAGACUGCUUCUGAGCAAGUUGUUACGAACGGUGCUCUGGAAGAGGGCGCAGCAGGCACUAAUGUGUUUGAGCCAAACGCCCGAACUCCUUUUGCGGCCGUACCGUUCGCACCACAGUUGCAUAUGUAUCGACAGAAUUUCCAGCAAAACAUCAUGGUCGGUGAAUCUCCGGAACAAACCAGAUCGCUUCUCGGUGAACUUGAAACUGAAGCAGAAAACAGGCACCAGAGGUUCCGCCAGGCUGCCGAAUACGCUCAUGAUCAAAGAAUCGCUAAUGUUGAAGAACGAGCAAAUCGACAGCAUGAGGAGAUCGUUGCACAGCUCGAAUCCGAGAUUGCCACACAACGAUAUCAGUUUAUCGAAGCCAAUCAUCAUCUCGUGUCAGAGCUGCGACAACAACACCAAGUCAUCGCUUUCCAAACGGAACAUUUUUCCAGCGUUAGUUCGCAGAUCACGCAACUUCGAACAACUUUAAUCGAAGAAGCAGAGGAGAACAAAACACAAACCCUCAGUGAGGUGGGAGAGUGGUUUGGUAGGGAACAUGAUCAAGCAAUGCAGCAGUAUAGGUUGCUUGCCCGCGAGAGUGAAGAGGAAAUGAGGCGUCAGAAUGAUAUUCUUCAGGACGAACUCUCCUCAGCUGAGCGUGCGCUCAAACUCGAGCAGGACAGGAAUGCUUCUCAGGACACCGCGUCCCAAGCUCAGUUCCCUCCGGCCGUGACCCCAGCAACGGUACCGCAAAGUGCCGGCCUUAAUGUGCCGACAGCUCCUCAGUUUUCAUCGCCAAGCGUGAUCCCGCUCAGCCUAAGAGCAAUGUUUUCCGGUUUUGGUGGUGCGGCAACUACUGCCACACCAGCGGGGCCACAAGCUCCAACACAAGCCCCGGGAACCCCCGUGCCCCCGACUGGCUUAGGUGGAGGAGUGUCUGGUCUCGCGGCCCCAAUGGGCACGCCGGCUAGUCCGGCAGCCACUGGAGUUGAUUUAAUCGCACAGACGCAACAAGCGUUGCUGGAAGCCGCCAAACUCCUCAAGGGAGACAAAGGAGCGGCCGGGGAAGGGAUCGCUCUGCCGGUAGCCAAUCCAACUCGAAGUCAAGGUGGUGAAAAUGCAGCCCCGGCAAAGGACAGGAAGGCAGCAUGCUGCAUCUCGAUUGCGGCUGCAGCCUUAACCCAUCCUGAUGGAGGCGACCCACAAGAUGGAGAGAGGGAUUACUGGGAGGUGGAUUUCAAAAGGGGUGAAGCUAUCAGACAUCACCUGAAGUACAGAAGUACAAUGUACAAGCCCGAAGUGUCGUGUCCUGUUGCUCUUGAGAAGUUGAAGGGUAAAGCCAAGGUGAUCAAGACUCUUCCCAUUGCUCCCUACAUGGCAAGGGAGAGUUGGGAUUGGAAAGGGGGAAAAGGGGAGACGAACGACAAGACGCCAUGGACUGGCAAGACUGUGUUCAAAAUCAAAGAACAAAACAAGAAGGUCAAGUUUUGUGAAAAGCCCAAAGUCAGGGAAAUUCCUUUUGAAGGGAAGGGGUACAAGCAUUCCUACAAAGUUCGCAGGUACAACACUUGCUAUGCUGAUGCGGAAAAUUGCCCCAAACCUGACAACAAUGACCUUCAGGUUGCAAUUAGGAACGCAAGGGAACUCACUAUGCUCCUUGCCCGGCAUGAGGGGGGAGAGAGAACCGACUGCCGUUUAGAAUGUGAUGAGCCUGAUUCUCUCACGUGUGGGAUGUGCAAGCACGUCGUUGAGAGCUCAGAGAUCGCCUGUCCAGGAAUCGCCACGCCCUUAGAAUUCCUUGCUGACACGGGGAGCGAGGAGGACCUCAUCAGCGAAGCUGAUCGUGCUAUGUACUUUGGCGAAGAGCCGAUAGGCAAUGCAACUCGACAAGUAAACCUCAUCACUGCUAACGGAAAUGUCAAGGGUGACAAAUCGGUCAGGGUCGACUUCCCGGAGUUUGGCAAAGAGCUAGAGUUCUACGUUCUCGCAAGUACUCCUCCUGUUUGCUCUGUUGGAAGAAGGUGUAUGGAGGACGGUUAUGAGUUCCAUUGGUACCCCAAAAAGCCGCCUUACUUCGUUGCGCCCGUGUAG